CAACAUCCUGCUCACGGGUACACCAGGGGUUGGAAAAACCACACUGGGCAAAGAACUUGCCUCAAGAUCAGGACUGAAGUACAUUAAUGUUGGUGAUUUAGCUCGAGAAGUCUGAUCACCGGAUAUCAUGGAGUCUGGCAAGAUGGCUUCUCCCAAGAGCAUGCCGAAAGAUGCACAGAUGAUGGCACAAAUCCUGAAGGAUAUGGGGAUUACAGAAUAUGAGCCAAGAGUUAUAAAUCAGAUGUUGGAGUUUGCAUUCCGAUAUGUGACCACAAUUCUAGAUGAUGCUAAAAUUUAUUCGAGCCAUGCUAAAAAAGCCACUGUUGAUGCAGAUGAUGUGCGAUUGGCAAUCCAGUGUCGCGCUGACCAGUCUUUCACCUCUCCGCCCCCAAGAGAUUUUUUGUUAGAUAUUGCAAGGCAAAGAAAUCAGACCCCUUUGCCAUUGAUUAAGCCAUAUUCAGGUCCUAGAUUGCCACCUGAUAGAUACUGCUUAACAGCUCCAAACUAUAGGCUUAAGUCUUUACAAAAAAAAGCAUCUACUACUGCAGGAAGAAUAACUGUUCCACGGUUAAGUGUUGGUUCAGUUACUAGCAGACCAAGUACUCCCACAUUGGGCACACCAACCCCACAAACCAUGUCUGUUUCAACUAAAGUAGGGACUCCAAUGUCCCUCACAGGGCAAAGGUUUACAGUUCAGAUGCCUGCUUCUCAGUCCCCUGCUGUAAAAGCAUCAAUUCCUGCAACAUCAGCAGUUCAAAAUGUUCUGAUUAAUCCGUCAUUAAUUGGGUCCAAAAAUAUCCUUAUUACCACUAAUAUGGUAUCACAAAAUACAACCAAUGAAUCAUCAAAUGCAUUGAAAAGAAAACGUGAAGAUGAUGAUGAUGAUGAUGAUGACGAUGACUAUGAUAAUUUGUAAUUAGCAUUGAUGCAUGUAACGUGUAUACUUGGUCUUGAAUCCAAUGUACUGAAACAAGCAUGCUGGAUGUUUUCAAGUUGUAUUUUAGAAAGCUUAAAUAGUAUUUAAUGACUACAGUUACUAUACUUUUCAGUUGAAGUGUUCAAUUUUCUUUCAUAGGACUGAUUAGUAAUGAUUUUUCAUCAGCCUUUAUAUGUAAAAAAUAAAGUUGUUAUUUAUCAGUUUGA